AUGUCUUUGUUUCUUUCCUUUCUCCAUUUUGCCUUCUUCAUCAUUCAUACUGUUAACUCAUUUUCUAGGUUGAAUUCCACAACAAUUGAAGGACCUUUUGUACAAGAGUUCACUUUUCCUGCAAAUUCAGUUCCCUUCAAUAGUUGUCAUGCUUCUACCAUUGUUGAGGUUGGGAAGGGUCAUUUUUUGGUUGCAUAUUUUGGGGGCACAUCAGAGGGUGCACCUGAUGUCAAAAUAUGGUUGCAGACUUACAAGAAUGGAUUAUGGAAACCACCUAUAGUUGCUGAUGAAGAGCCAAAUGUUCCUAUGUGGAAUCCUGUACUCUUCAAACUUCCAUCAAAUGUCUUACUGCUUUUCUACAGAAUAGGCGUAGAUGUUCAAAAAUGGAGUGGAUUCAUGAAACGGUCAUUUGAUAAAGGUAUUACAUGGACAGAAAGAGAACAACUUCCACCUGGUAUAUUAGGACCUAUCAAGAAUAAGCCUCUCUUGUUGGAAAAUGGUGACUUAUUUUGUGGAUCUUCUGUUGAAAGCUGGAACUCUUGGGGAUCAUGGGCAGAGGUUACAAGAGAUUAUGGAAAAACAUGGAGAAAGUAUGGUCCAAUUUACAUUAAGAAUAAGUCUCUAAGUGUGAUUCAACCUGUACCAUACCAGACUGCAAAUGGGACACUGCGAGUUUUGCUUCGAUCCUUUACCGGUCUUGGUAGAGUUUAUAUGUCGGAGUCUUUCGAUGGAGGCAAAACUUGGGAAUAUGCAGAACCUACACAGCUCCCUAACCCAAACUCAGGUAUUGAUGGGAUUAAGCUAAAAGAUGGUCGUUUAUUGAUUGCAUAUAAUACAAUUUCAAGGGGAGUACUUAAACUUGCUCUCUCUGAAGAUGAUGGUGAUUCAUGGCAUGAGGGACUUACAUUGGAGGAUACUAUAGGAAUGGAAUUUUCAUAUCCUGCUGUUAUUCAAGCUAGUGAUGGGAGAGUUCAUGUCACAUAUACAUAUAAUAGGACACAAAUAAAGCAUGUUGUUGUUAGGCCAAGGUGA